AUGAGUCCUGGCGCCUUGAACGGCGACGCCCAGGUCGGGCCCGAAGGGCCGCGACAAAAGAGCAAAGCGACACCUGAAACGCUUCGAGUCGGCUGCAUCGCCAUGGUCCAGAAGGGCGGACAAGCCCGCCGCGCAGAAAUUCUGAGCAUCAAGGAUACCAAAAGCGGUCGCCAAUUCUAUUGCAACUUUGACAACUUCAACAAACGACUUGACGAAUGGGUACCCUACAAGAGGAUAGAUUUCGAGCAAGAUGUCGAAUGGCCAAGUCCCGACAAGGACAAGCAGAAGGAUGGCAAGAACAAAUCAAAGGCUUCUACCGUCGGCAAGAAGAACACCAUUUCGAAAAAGGCCCAGAAGCGACCGGGCAGGAGGGAACAGAGCGUUGCGUCUGAGGCUGUCACGCCGCAUCCCUUCCCCGACUUUAUCGAUUCACAACCCACCUCGAAAGCACCCUCGACACCAAGAGACCUGGAAGUCAAGGCCGGCCUAACUCCAGCCGCCGACGGCGAUGACAUGGAUGUCGAUGACGACGACAGCGUGCUUGGCAUCAAGAAGGAGGAGGAGGAGUUCAGCAGGGAGGCCGAGAUUGAAAAGCUGCGGACAGGAGGAUCCAUGACACAAAAUCCGACCGAGCUUGCGAGGAUACGGAAUAUUUCAAAAGUGCAAUUUGGUCGUUUUGAUCUCUUUCCCUGGUACUUUUCUCCCUACCCGGAAUCCUUCACGCAGGAAGAUGUCAUAUACGUCUGCGAGUUCUGUCUCAUGUACUAUGGCGAACAGAAGUCCUUCCACCGCCAUCGCGCCAAGUGCACAUUACAACAUCCUCCUGGCAACGAAAUAUAUCGCGACGACUACGUCUCCUUUUUUGAGAUAGAUGGUCGCCGGCAGCGCACAUGGUGUCGAAACCUGUGUCUGCUGUCUAAGAUGUUCCUUGAUCACAAGACCUUGUAUUACGAUGUAGACCCCUUCUUGUUCUACGUCAUGACGCAGAAAUCUGAAAAGGGCCAUCAUCUCGUCGGCUACUUCUCCAAGGAGAAGGAAAGCGCCGAUGGAUACAACGUCGCGUGUAUCCUUACUCUCCCACAAUACCAAAGGAAGGGAUUUGGACGCCUACUGAUCCAGUUCUCAUAUGAACUAUCUAAAAUCGAAGGGAAGCUGGGUUCGCCGGAGAAGCCUCUCUCCGAUCUCGGUCUCCUGAGUUAUCGCCAGUACUGGUCCGAAAACAUCCUAGAUUUGCUGCUUGACAAUAACGAACGGGACGACAGGGUCAGCAUUGAGUCCAUAUCCACAGCACUGGCCAUGACCACUCAGGAUGUGGAACACACGUUACAAGCCCUGCGAAUGCAGGUUUAUCACAAAGGAGAGCAUAAGCUGGUCAUCCCAGAAAAGAUGGUCCAAUCGCGGGAGAAGUCGAAACAGAAGCAGAAGCAGCUUAUUGACCCAGAUCGCAUACAAUGGAAACCUCCGGUGUUUACGGCGUCUUCGAGGACUUGGGGCUGGUAG